ACUGAUCAAUUAAAUUCAAAAAUGGGUGGGUUGCGAAGAAGACUUAUCACAAAUGAUUGACAAUAAGCUAUUCUUGGAGGCUGUAAAAAUUGCCUGCUUUGAUUUGUCACCCAUAACAUUUGCUUCUGGAAGAAACAGCUGUUUCUCCGUUUCGACGAAGUUAUGUCUAUUGUUCUCGUUACCAGAACCUCCUUACCUCUGGCGAGACUCGAACUCGCAAUCCCCGGCUUAGGAGGCCGGUGCCUUAUCCAUUGGGCCACAGAGGCUGAAGGUACUUUGACGUAAUUCAGUAUCGUAUAUAUUUCAAAGCAUAGUCUCAAGCGUACAGGUUAAGCACUUUGCUUUUAUAAACGUUGGGUUAGGCUGCGGUAGAAGACCGGAUUGGAAGGUAUAAAAAUCAGACAACGAAUGCGGUAGACUAGAAAUUCUGUAGAAUGUUUAACAUAAAUUCUUUGACUAUUUGAAUUUUUGGAAUUUUUUCCAAAUAGCGUGAAAGGUAUUCGCAUAUGAAAGUUAUUUUGCAAGUUGCGACCAGAGUGACAGAGUCUCUCUGAAAAAAGACAAAUGCCGCCAUGCCGGCACGCCGCAAAUACUAGAAUGACAAACGGCAACCGUGUAUUUGCACUGACACAUGCGACGAUGCGAGCACAGGAAACAAAUAAACAAGGAUAAGUGGAAACGCAAGAGCAACUGAAAAUUUUUUCCUCAAUAUUCAAAUGGAUUUUCACGUCACUACAAAAGUUCUACCGAAAGACGCCAGAUGGCAAGAUCUAAUCUCUCAGUUGAAAUGUCCUCAGUGUCAAAUGUACCAAGGCUCUAGCAUAUCAAAUUUGGAAAAACAUGUUACAUUGCACUGUAAAUGUAGGCCAAUCUUACUAAAAAAUCAUUAUAUAAAAAAACUUAAACAGCUUUGUGCACAGGUGCAUUCACUGGAAGAAGAUGUUUUGGACUAUGUGAGACUUGCAUUAGAAGCCAAGUUGCUACAAUGGAGAAAAGAAGGAAUGCCUGAAAUUCCAUUUCUUUUAAAACGAAAUGACAAUCAACCUGCUUAUAGUCAUUCCACCUUACUUGACUUAUGGAGGUUGUGGCACCAAGAAGUCGACAGUGUUAGUCUGGAAUUUAGCAUUUCUGAGCUGCUUCAACUCAUGGUGGAAGCUGAAAGUUUGGAGUGGGAGCCUUGUGAUGACACCCUUCCUCCUGUCCGAUUAGAAGGAGAUGAUCACCAGUUCAAUCUUGAGCUUAUGUCACAGGUGGCAGGUAAAUUAAAAAAUAUGCAGCCUUCAUCAUCUUCUUUUUCUGAAGAAAUGGAUAUUGAGGAAGACAACAUUGAAAGGUUGGAAAGAGAAGCCAGAAUAAAAGAUACCUAACCAUCCCACCUUUAAAUUUUACAGUGUUAGAAAUUCUCUAUUUUAUUAUGGUGCAAUGUAUAAUGAUAUUCUUGUUUUCACAUUGAUAUGAUUUUUCAUCACCUUUUGUUUGUCAAAUCUUAAAAAAUUUUUGUCAAGCUGUUGUUCAAACUUCAAAUGCAUAGCAUGUUUGUACAAUUAAUAAGCUUUGUCAGGCUUUGUGUACCAAUUAUAUUUUUAUUGUUAAAUGA